AUGUUGCACUUAUUCGCUUUUCUUUUCUUCAUUGUCUUUGUCAGCAACAUUUCUUCCAGUGCAAGUUGGAAUCCAUCACAGUUUUCUUACAAUCCUGGUCCUGAUUAUCAGUUAGUCUGGCAAGAUGAUUUCGAAAAUGUAGGUUCCGUCAAAGGAACUAUCAAUGGAGCACCUGCCUAUGCACCCAAUCCGAAAAACUGGGUUUUAAAAACCGGUAAUAUCAAUGGAGGUUUACAGAAUUACACAGAUUUAAUUGGAAAUGCCUAUAUACAAAAUGGUCAAUUGACAAUAGUAGCAAUAAAAGAAGGGUAUUUGUCAGCUAUGCUUUCAAGUGUUAAUCUUCAACAAUUUACUUUCGGAAAAUUUGCAGCUAAAAUUCGUUUACCUUACUCAAAAGGUAUAUGGCCGGCCUGGUGGUUAGUAGGAAAUGCUUGGGAUAAGUACAAACUCUACUGGCCAACAGUUGGCGAGAUUGAUAUUUUGGAGAUGGUUGGAGGUAAUGUAUGGGGACAGCCAGGUGAUCAGGUUGCACAUGGGACUGUUCAUUGGAACAAUGCAUCAAAUGCAAUGAGUCCUUUAUAUCAUGCUGCCAUUGGACAAACGUUCAAAACACCCGAUGGAUCAAAGCUCCACGAUCAUAGUCUUGUUUAUUGGAGUGAAUGGACUCCAACCAAUAUAAAAAUCGGCAUCAAUGAAGUUAUCUACUUCCAGUUCAAUGCAACAAAUAUUCCAGAAUCAAUUAAUCUAGUAAAUGCUUUCAAUGGAAUGUGGCCUUAUUACAUGAUCCUGAAUAUAGCAAUUGGUGGAUCAUGGCCUGGAUCACCUGAUAAUUCAACUGUUUGGCCUCAACAAAUGGUUGUUGAUUGGGUACGAGUUGAUCAAUUAAAAAAAUAG